UACUGCCCUUGCAGCACUUGCAGCUCGGUGGAAUAUUGCGAUGGCAGCUCAUAUGACGGAUGCUCAUCGGCGGUUCUUGCAGGUCCUGAUGUCUCAUGGGAUAAUGGAAGGAUCAGAGGCUCGGAAAUCACACAGGCGCUGCUGUGAAAUCCAUAAAGUCUACUACGCGCACGAUAAACUGGACGAUUUCAUCAGCACCAUCAACAGCCACCUCCAGCCUCUGUUCCUGCAGAUCCGGAAGGGGAUGUCGGAGGGCGACGGGCGGGCGCAUUACGCCUUGGUGAAUUUGGCAGAAACGGAAAUAACUAAAAUGGCAUCCGACUACACAGAAACUGAGUUAGAACUGUUCAGAAAAACAAUGGACCUAAUCAUUUCCUCAGAAAAUGGCUUUGCCUCUUCUACAGAUAUUUUAAACCUCGUUGACCAACUUAAGACAAAGAAAAUGAAGAAAAAAGAAGCAGAACAACUGCUGCAAGUCUUUGUGGAGGAUAAGUGGCUCUCUGAGAGAAAUGGAGAAUACACGCUGCAUACUCGCUGCAUAAUUGAGAUGGAGCAAUACAUUCUCAGCAACUACCAAGACCUGGCAAGGAAGUGUAACAUCUGCCACAGCCUUGCCAUCCAGAGCCAAGCAUGCGAAACCUGUGGAAUUGCAAUGCAUCUGCCCUGUGUCAGAAAGUACUUCAGAGUCCAGGCUGAACCACGCUGCCCGCAGUGCAAUGACGUCUGGUCUUGGGACAUCCCAGGUUUGGGUCGCACAGACUCCCAGUCACCAUUACGAACAGGGAGAGCAGAGAAGAGCUCAAGACGGUGA